CACAGUAUCACAGCUCAGCCCUACGGCACAAAUUACAUGUCUAGGCCUCACUACGUAGAAUCCCAUCGCCACUACUCCUACUUCGAAGCAUCGUUUCCACCACCAAACACUUCCUUCCGACCCAUACAAACACGCACUUGGACGCACACCAGCCCGGCGCGAAUACCACAGUACAACUACCCACCAUACAAGAACGGUUCCAAGAAGGCGGCAGUCAAACACGUACACUUCGACCUGCCUGACUCGCGGCAAAGCACAGUCAAGAUAGCCAUCGAACAAAGACAACAAGACAUGCAACUGCAAACCCCAAAGCAGCAAGAGAGAAACGAACGACCAGCUUUAUACCGCCAACCAACCCCAUUACCUCACAGACACGAGCAACACACCUCAAGACCGUCCUACCCACCACCCCCAUACAAUCACCCCAACCACCAGCAGUACCACCAACACCACCACCAACAAUUCAACAACACCCUCCCUAUCACCCUCCCCCAUCCCCGCCCAACAAUCUACAUAAUCUCCUACUCCACAGCCAUCACCCGCACCGAAUCCGCCACCCUCAGCCUCCUCGCAUCCCAAGUCCCUCUCCGGCACCCGCCAAUCCCCCACCUCUACACCAUCGACGCACGCAACAUACAACCUCCUUCCCCCUCCCUCUGCGCCCGCUACUCCGGCCUCGCACCUCUAAUCCAAGACAUCGUCAUGCAAGAUUUAGCCGCGCAGAAGGCGGUCGAGACGGCGGUUGGGGAGUUAUUGCUGCGGUUUGGAAAUGGCGAGCAGAGGGGGAGAGAGGUUAGUAUGAGUGUUUGCUGUCGUGCGGGGACGCAUCGCAGUGUGGCGAUUGCGGAGCGGGUUGCGCAGUGUGUUAAGUGGGAGGUGGGCAGGACGGGGGGUGCGGAGGGGGUUAGGGUUGUGUGUAGGCAUGUUCAUCGGGUUAAGGGGAGGGGGGAUCCUUUUUGA